AUGGAGGAGAAGGAGCAGAAGGAGGCGGAGGGCUCCCAGAGCCUGCUGAAGGCACUCGAGGAGAAGAUCACGGGCGCGGUCUCUUCCCAGGGGGAGAAGCAGCGCGCCGUGGCCGACGACGCCGCGGCGAAGAAGGUGAAGCAGCUGGAGGCGGAGUUGCUGGAGCUCAAGCGCGAACAUGAGGCGGCCGACCUGAAGGUGCAGCGGCGGGUGGUGGAGCUCCUGGAGGCGAGCACUAACAAGCAGAAACUGCUGGACAAGGCGGACCAGGAGAGGCACGAGCUCCAGCAGAAGGCCGAUGCCCUCGCCAAGAAGCUGCGGGAACGUGACCAGCAAGAGAGCGACGUGGAGGAGAGGCAGGCUAAGUACGCCCACGACGCCCACGACGCGCGGCUGGAGGCGGAGCGCGAGCGCGCCCGCGCCGACGCGGCGGACCGCGACCGCGAGCGGCAAGUCGCGGAGGCCAAGCGAGCGGAGGAGGACCUCCAGCGCGCCAAGGCCGAGUCCGAGGACGCGAGAGCGCAGGUCGACCGCCUCCGGGAGCAGGUGCGCUCCCUGCGUCGGGAGGCGGACCAGGCUGAGGAGGAGCGGCGCGAGGCGCAGCGGCAGCUCCAGGCCCUUCGCGGCGGCGGGGCCGGUGCCACCACGCCCGCGGGCGCCCGCGAGCCUGGAGCUGGAGGCGCCACCGCUGCGGCCGGCCCUGCCGCGUGGGCCCCAGCGCCGCCGGCCGCCACGGCGCUGCCGCUGGCCGCGGCCGGUGCGGGCGGCGGCCACGGCGAGGAUGGCCCGGGCGCUUCGGACGCUUCUCCCGGGAGCAGCGUGCAGGCUGCUGCCGAUGUGGCUGCCGAAGGUUUGGGCCCACCUCCAGAUCAAAUUCCUGUGUGA